GCCCCACGCCGUGAAAUCGUGAAACUUCAACCAAUUCGCCCUCGACAGACACCAUGCCGAAAGCGACGACACCGACCUCUUCUCGCCAUCCUCGGCGACACAACCCCCUAGAAGACGACCUUGUAGCUACAGGACCUCUCCGUACGAAGGCUCCUAAAAGGAAGUCUAAGGGCGACGAUGAGGAUGAACAAGAAAAUUACAUAGACUCUAGAGCGUCUAAGAAGAUUUUGCGAAUUGGUCGCGAGUUAGCCGAAGAAGCCGAUACAGCCCCUCCGAGACCUCCGCAAGAGUCCAAUGCAUUCGGCUUUGACUCGCGAUUUGACGAGGAUGGUGAAGAUGACGAGGCUUUUGAGGACGAGGAAGUAUGGGGCGACGAAGAUGAGAUCGUAGAGGAGAUUGAGAUUGAACCGGAGGACCUAGACACAUUCAACAGAUUCCUACCUACCGACGACGAUCCUCUAUUGACACAAGGCUGGGGAGGCAAAGCUGCUGCAGAAGAGCAGGGCUCGGGAACUAAUCUUGCCGACCUGAUCCUGGCGAGAAUCGCACAACAUGAAGCCGGUCAGGACAGAGAACAGGAGAUGGGUCCCGCAGAUGACGACUAUGAAUUAUCUCCGAAGGUCGUAGAAGUUUACACUAAGAUUGGUCUAAUACUCUCGCGAUACAAGUCAGGCAAACUACCGAAACCGUUCAAGAUCCUCCCCACCGUACCGCACUGGGAAGACAUCAUCGAAUUCACAAAGCCCGACCAGUGGACACCUAAUGCCGUGUACGAGGCCACGAGAAUCUUCGUGUCGAGCAAGCCAAUCGUUGUCCGAAGAUUUAUGGAGAUGAUCCUCCUCGAGCGUGUACGAGAAGACAUCUACGAGACGAAGAAGCUAAAUGUGCAUCUGUUCAAUGCGCUAAAGAAGGCAUUAUACAAGCCUGCGGCAUGGUUCAAGGGCUUCCUCUUCCCGCUUGUUGAGAGUGGUACCUGCACUCUCCGAGAGGCAGUAAUCAUCUCUGCCGUCCUAGCCAGGAUCUCCGUACCAGUUCUUCAUUCUGGAGCAGCUAUCAAAGGAUUGUGCGAUAUCGCAGCACGGGAAGCAUCGGCAGGAACCGAGGGUGGAGGCGCCACGAACGUAUUCAUCAAGACCCUCCUAGAGAAGAAGUACGCGCUACCGUACCAAGUCAUCGAUUCUCUCGUCUUCCACUUCCUGCGCUUCCGAAGUGUGGACCCCGCAUCCAUCAAGGAAGGUGACGCCAUUGACGUAAGCGCCGAGCGCGCAGCUGCGCAGGCCAAACUUCCCGUCAUCUGGCAUCAGUGCCUACUUGCCUUCGCGCAACGGUACCGAAACGAGAUUACCGAGGACCAACGAGAGGCACUGCUAGACCUCCUACUGACCCAUGGCCACCAUAAGAUCGGCCCGGAGAUCCGAAGGGAACUGCUAGCUGGACGUGGACGGGGAGUUGCGAUCGAGCAACCGGGCCCGGCGUUCGAUGGAGAUGACACGAUGGUAAUCGAUGGAUGAGGAGCCGUACAAAACGUGAUACCAAUGAGGACAUGAAGGGGCAUACUGGUGUUUCGGCGUUCUGUUCCCGUUCUUUAUGCCGAAGUCGGAAUAAAUUACGAUUCUGACAUCACCGUCGCCUGGACUAUUGCUUUGCAUGGAUACAAGGCAUACAUCUUGUGAAGCUUGGGGCCUAGGUUGCAAUAAAAGUCUAGGUAGCAUUGCAAUGUUCUUGUUAGUCCCACAGUAAAUGAGAAACCACCUGAACAAAU